AUGGUGUAUGCCUUACCUGCUUUGUUUGCCACUGGUUUUCUCAGUUUUGCGGCAGGAUACAUUUGCGACGUCCAGUACGGCCGCUACUUGGAAAGGCGCACCAAGCGCAUCGCCAGAGCUUCUGCCUGCAGUGCAAGACUCAAGUUGAAGGCUGGAUUCGGCCGCGAAGAAGCCGAGAAAGAUGAAUUUCAAAUCAAAUUGCUGAAGGCCUUGGCCGAGAAUCUCCAAAUCCCUGAAACGCGUUUGGCGAUUCAGGGCCUUUCAGAAGGCCGAGGCUCAGUGAAACUCACUGUGUCACUCACGCGUCCCAAAGAGGAUGAGACGGGAAGACCAUGCAUUGAGCUUUGGCAAAAGCUGAAAUCGGACCUGAAGAAGGUCGGUGAAACAGAUGCCCUUAGUUCCAUCGACAGCAUCGUAGUGGACGGGGAGGCGGAUGAGAAGUCCAAGGUCUACUCUGUUUGGAUAACGCCAAGUGGCAAAUCUGCCGAAAUCUGCAGAAAGGCGAUCAUUGAUUUGAAUCUGGGCUGCAUCGUGCUGGAUCUUUGGGAAGAGCCAGCGACCAAAUGGCGGCAGAGCAAAUUCCCGGAGUCUGCCAGCAUACCAUCGCCCCAUGUGCCGCUGCUCCAGAUCUCGGGCGAAGAACAGGAAGUCCUGGGAUUGGUGGAACGUGUGGCGCGGGAGACCGCACCCUUCACACUGGACUUUGAGCCGGCAGAGGUUGGCAAGUCGUACUUCUCUGGCGUGCACUUCCCAGCGAGGAGUUCCUCGUCCCUCUCCGCCACCGUCGACGCCCUCGCGGCGCAGCUGCCCUCGUGGCCACGGCCGCAAUGGCUGGGCGGCGGCAGCUGUAGGCGGCGAGCGCAGGGCCAGGGCGGAGUAGCGGUGCCGACGAUGGCUGUGGCCUUUGGGAAGGAUUUACCGAGCCCCGAGAUCAGCAUUUCGUGUGGCGAAGCCAGCUUUACGGCCCUGCAGCUCAGCAUUUGGGAGACGGACAUGGAAGACUUCACUUGCAAAUCCUGGAAGGAGGUGAAGACUUUCAAGUUGGAAGGAAAGAAGCCGCCCUCCUUUUGGAGACUUCUUUGGCGCUUUUCCAAGGUGGCAGCCCCCGAGUUCCUCCAGAUCGGCCUUGGAACGGCCCUGAAUCUCGCGGGUACCGUGGUGGUGGAGCUGGCCGCACAACACGACUCAGACCUUUUCUCGGGGAAACAUGUGGGGAAGAGCAACAAGGACUUGCUCCGCAUCCUGGGGCACGGCUUGAUGAUCUGGGGCACGGUGAACCAACUCUUCCGCAACGGCCAGAUGCUCAUGGAAAACUCCGGCAAACGCAUCGGCUGUCGACUUCAAGAACAACUCUUCCAGAAGCUCAUCCAACAAGAUGUGAAAUGGAUCCAGCAAAAAGGCGCUGACGAGCUGUACAAGACCUUGAUGAAACGCACGGAAAAUGUUCAGCGGGUCUUCACCGGUCAAAUCCCACAGUUGAUUACUAUGACCUCCAACUUGGUGAUGAACAUCGGUCUGCUUUGGUUCUCCAAACCGCGGCUCUGUGCCUUUGGUUUUGGCAUGUUCGCCUUUCAAAACAUCGGCAACAGCGUCUUUGACAACAUCCUGCGCGUGGCACGAGAUCAUGACCAAAAGGUGGAGGAGGUGAAGGAGAACGCCUUGGAAGUCCUGCAGAAUUUUCGCACCGUGCGAGCCUUUGGUCGAGAAGAGAAGGAGAAACAAGCCUUUCGCAUGUCUAUGAUGCAGGCAUUGCGUGUUCGCUUCAGUGACAUUGUGGAUAAGUUCACGGACAUGGGAUGUUGGUUUGUUUCUGAGUUCACUUUCCAAGUGGCCUACAUGUACGGCGGCAUGUUAGUGAACAUGGACUACAUCGCUGCCACGGAAGUGAAGGAUGCUGUCUCCAAAUCCUUUCGGGCCGUGUGGCCACUCUACCAGUUGAGACGCCAACUAACGAACCAGUCCACUUUCCUGGAAGAUGCAGCUGCGGUACUGGAAGCUUUGGAGCGGCCACCCGAGAUUCCCUUCGCGGACGAGAGUAUGUUCAACCCCUCAGUGGACAAGAUCAUUGGAAGCAUUGAGGCCAAAGGCGUUUGCUUCACCUAUUCCGAUGACUUGGAUUCUGCUGCGCUGAAGGAGGUGACCUUCAACAUCCCCUGUGGAUCCAUGGUGGGCCUCGUGGGGCCUUCGGGCUGCGGCAAGUCCACGCUCUUCAACUUGCUGCUGCGCUUCUACGAUCCACAGAAAGGGGCGAUCGAAGUGGACGGAGUGGACCUCGCAAAGUGGAAUCCUCAGGCUCUCUACCGUGCAGUGUCUUGGGUGUCGCAGGACCAAUGCGUCUUCAGCGGCUCGGUCAUUCACAACAUCCGCUAUGGGAUGCCCUCGGCCACCGAAGAAGAGGUCUUGCAGGUCAUGCGCGAAGCCGACCUCUACGAAGAUGUGAUGAAGAAACCCCAGGGCGUAGCGACUGCCGCCAGCGAACUCAGUGGAGGUCAGAAGCAACGGCUCUCCAUCGCCCGUGCCCUGCUGCGCGACCCCAAGAUCCUGCUGCUUGACGAGGCCACUUCGGCGCUGGACACCGUCUCGGAACGCAAGGUUCAGAAGGCCUUGGAAAAGCUGAUGAAGGGGAGAACAGUCAUUGCCAUCGCUCACCGCCUGUCCACCAUCAUGAAUGCUGAUUUGAUCCUCGUCAUGGAGGCUGGAAAGGUCAUCGAACAGGGGAAACAUAACGAGCUGCUGAAGAAGAGUGGCGGGAAAUAUGCGAAUUUGGUGCAGCAGCAGUUGGCCAUAGAGGACAAAAAGGAAGAUACUUCCACGGAUCCGAAGGUGGUGGAAGAGUGCGCGGCCCAGCUGCAACAGCUGCGUGAGAAAGUGCCCAAAGAAUUGGCUGAGGAGGUGGAGCAAGCCUGCGUGGCGCUGAAGAAUGCCGCUGCCACCCUGCGAGAAGAGAAGAAAAAGUUGGCCAUGAAGGAGCGCAGCCUUCUGGGAACCACGUCCAAAUGGAAAACGGCAGGUGCCUCGGUGCGCCACGCCGUACGUGCCAUUGCUCUGAUGCGGUCCUCCAGCGAGGCAGCUGCACAGGGCCAUCGACCUGCAGCGCCUCAGCUUCAACGGCGCCUGUCGGCCGGGGCAGAGGACGUGGACCGAGCGUUGCAGGAACUGGAUGAAGGGGAUAGUCCCAAAGCUAAUGAAACUUCCAGCUGACCCCCCACAGCGUCGAUGUCAUGAAGUGAGAUUGUUUGAACAUGG